AGCCAGAGAGGAGGGACUGUUUGCAGCUCUGAGAGCCAGCUGUCGUUCGCUCAGAGCUCGGUCUUUUCUCUCCCUGACUCCCUCGUUCUCCGCCGGCCUCAUCACUCCAUGGGACUCCAGACCUGGCAGCCAAGUACACCACCACUGUCCUCCAUGGCCUGCCUUGAUGUGGAGACCCCUUCCAUCUGCAGGGGUAAAUUCAAAUCAGUCCUCCAGCUCUGUCUGCAGCAGAGGAGAACUCGAGAGCAGCUUGUGGAUCAAGGCAUCAUGCCGCCUCUGAAAACACCUGCCGCCUUUCAUGAGCAGAUUCGCAGCCUGGAGAGAGCCAGGACUGGAAACUUCUUAAAGCACAAACUCUGCAGCAGACCGGAGCGCUCCGAGCUGGUCCGUAUGCACAUCCUACAAGAGACGCAGGCUGAACCCUCCCUGCAGGCCACACAGAUGAAGCUGAAGAGGGCCAGACUGGCAGAUGAUCUCAAUGAGAAGAUCGCCCAGCGGCCUGGCCCCAUGGAGCUGGUGGAGAAGAACAUCCUGCCUGUUGACUCUGCUGUCAAAGAGGUCCUCCAUGACGAUAAGGCAAACUACUCUAAGCUGUCAGAUAUUUACAACUUUAAUGAGGACAGCAGUGACGCCUUAUCACCACAACAGCCUGCCAGCCAACAAUCUCCCAGCUCCACCUCCGCCUCUCCAAGGGAGUCUGGAGGGACUGAGGCCGCUUCUACUUCCUCUAACUUAGACUCUCCCAUACAGCACUCCUCACCACCUAACUCACAGUCCACAUCAGAUUUAGUCAACCUCAUCUCCACCAGUGAGCAACAAAGCAAUCAGCAACCUCAGCCAAUGACCACCGCUGUCCCCAGUAUCACACCGGGGCCAGUUCUUGUGAAGCAAAGCCUGCCCAAGCUCCCCGGCGAUAAAAGCCGCAGCAAAAGGAGCAAAGAGCCCAAACCACGGGUGAAAAAGUUAAAGUACCAUCAGUACAUCCCCCCGGACCAGAAGCAGGAGCUCAAUGAAGCGCCGAUGGACUCCGCUUAUGCCCGCCUCCUGCAGCAGCAGCAGCAGUUUCUGCAGCUUCAGAUCUUAAGACAGCAGCAGUACAACUACCAAGCCGUCCAGCCUGCUGCAAUCAAACCAACAACUGAGGUACAAACCAGCUGUGCCAGUGUUGUUCUGAGUGGAAACGCUGCGUCUACCGCUGUGCAGCCACGGCACACUCACACGAACCGCAAGCCGGAUCAUUUACCAGCUAAUCUGGAUGAGAUGAAGGUUGCUGAGCUGAAAAUGGAACUAAAGCUCAGAUCUUUGCCUGUUUCUGGGACUAAGACAGAUCUGAUAGAGAGGCUAAAGUUGUACCAGGAGAACGCUAACAUACAGACUGCUGCAGCCAUUGAGACAACAGCCGUCACAGCAACCUCACAGUCGGAAAACACAAAGCUAACCCCGCCGGUGUCCCCUAUAGCCUCGAAGGUGUCCAGUCUGGGCAUAGACGACAGUAGUACGGCAGACAGCCCCACCAAGCUCUCAGAUGCUCUGUCUCCUACUCACUGUGUGAACUCCCCACAGAGAGCUCCACAGGAGGAGUGCACAGAAACAAAGUCCUAUGAGAAGGAUUCUGAGAAGGACAAACGUCUCCACGAGAAGGAGCGUCAGAUUGAGGAGCUGAUGAGGAAGCUGGAGCAGGAGCAGAGGCUGGUGGAGGAGCUGAAGAUGCAGCUGGAGGUGGAGAAGAGGAGUCAGCAAGGAGAUUCUCCACCUCAGCUCAGCCCCCUUGCUCCCAUCCAGGUCAAAGAGGAAAACAGGGCCCCUUCAAACUGCUCAGUGUCCUGCAGUUCGCCUGGUCUGCCAGUGUUGGUCAAACAAGAGGAGGUGGCAGAUCAGAGCCACUUAGCUCCUCAAAAUCAGUUCAUCAUCGGCCACCAGUCUGUCAAGCAGCCUGAAGCCCUGCAGCCUGGAGCCCAGAUCCUCCUGCCUGCAUCCCUCCCUGCCACAGCAGUCACUAUCCAGCUCCCUGCCAACAGCAUCAAAUUACACACUACUGUUAGCAGCACAACCCCAGGCCUCAUCCAGACCUCUGGACAGGUGCCACAGAAAAUAGAGGCCUCAGCAGCAUUACAACAGCAAUGCAGCACUCAGCCACUGGCAAAGACUUGGAGGAUGGAUAGGACGGCACAAAGCUUACUCAACACAUACCCAGCGAGUGGAUGUCCCGUGGGAGCCUCCUCCUGUGAAGCUGGUCCUAAAGGACCUGCCAAUAAGUCUCCACAUACCCGCCGGCCAACUUUCUUGCAUCAGCCAAAAUUCACAAAUCAUGUGUCAAAGUGUAAAGACCCGCCCCGCUACGAGGACGCAGUUAAACAGACACGCAGCAUGCUAACGGCUGUUCAGGGUCCCACUGCAGCUAGCCAGCAGAUGGAUGAUCUGUUUGAUGUGUUAAUCGAGAGUGGUGAGAUCUCUCCGUUCAUCAGACAGAAUCCUCCCAGCCAGGAUAAGCCUCUCCCCGUGACAGCCAGUGUAACCACUCUUCCCAUCAACACGGUAAUAUCCCGCCCUCCACCCGUGGUCCAAGUGGCCCUGCUGCCUGCUGCACCGCUCAACUCCUCGAACAGUUUGGCUGCCCUGACCUCUGACACCCAGCUGGAAACUCUCCUGGAUGGCACACUGGGCACUCACACUGAACCACAAACACUUAAGCUGAUGGAGGAGCUACACUCACCUAUGGUUACCAUGGAGGUGGACUUUAAUGAAAACACACCACCCUCUGCUUUGAACCUGCACAGCACCAACAUGGACAAUAUGGAUUGGCUGGACCUUACCCUGUCUGUGCCAGCAGAGGGGGUCAACCCGUUGGACAUGUCAACACCAGUGGGUGUCUUCUCUUCUGACUUCCUGGACUCACAUGAACUGCACUUGAACUGGGACUGAGAGCUGUCAAGGUGAAUUCUUACACCUAUCAGACUGUUUCAGAUAUCCUUACUUUUUAACGCAAGGGAGGAUGGCUUUUGUUUCCUAUGUGGAAAAAUAUGAGCCCUCGGUGGUUGGGGCAGCUCUGCUUUGCUUUCUGGCCAUAUAACUCAGCUCAAUAAUAAUGUAAUUGUGCAGCAUCAUGUUUAGACAUUGCUGCAUUGCUUCCUUUGAGGCCUUAAACUCUCUGAUUGUAUAGGGAGACUGGCAUAAAGUAGGACUGGCACUGGCAGAUUGAGCUGACAGUGUAAGUAGCUUUGAAAUUUUAAAUCUUAAAUUAUGCCACCUCUUUGUUAUCAAUCUCAUCGUUAUUGGCUUCAUUUUGUCCUCUGGACUUAGUGAAUGCACAGGAUUGUAUUGGCCGUGUUAAUGGCAGAAAGAGUAGGAAAAUGUCCUAAUCCUGGUUAAAGAACUUAUGGGCAAACGCAGCAUGUAGCUGUGGGCUGUUGUUGUAUGUUUACUGCACACUGUCUUGGAAUGAUUAUCACUGUCAAAACAGAUUGUAAACACACCUGCUAAAUGUAUGUACAUUGUGAAGCCUAAAUCAGAUGUUUAACUGAGUGGCCUGAUGUGAGGCCAACGAGUUGCCAUAGUGUCAGCAUGGGCCACACGUAAGUGACCAAACCAGCCCGACCGACCAAGUAUUUACUGAAAAAUACUUAGCCAGAUCUUCACUCCUGCAUCUCCAUUACAUCUGUACAAACAUCAUUAACUGCCUUAAAGACUGGUAGAUCGACUCUUAAAGGGUUCAAAAUUGUUGAAUUAAUAUCAGCUUGGUUUUUUUUUAGGUAAUUUAUUCAAGAAAGUAUAAGCAUGGCAGGGCAUAUCCGACCAGAAUCUCCGUGUGCAGCAUUGCAAUGUAACAACCGACAAUCAGAAAAAUAACAAUAUUCUUCAGUAUGAACCACUGCUCAUGUGUGUUAUUUGCCCGCUUCAUACUGUAAUAACCUUCAUGCCUUACAGUUGAUUUGUAUUGUAGUGACAUCUGCUGGCCACAUCUGAAUCUGAUCAGCUUGAGCAGGAAAACGUCUGUGGUCUGACUGGUUUUCUGUUUUGUAGGAAAAGAUGAGUUCUGGUAUGAAGCAAACAUGAUGCACCACAGCAGGAUCGUCUCUAGGCAGUUGGGUGGGUGUGUUUGAGCAUAAAGAUCACUCUGCUGACAACAGUUUUGUUGAGUUGUGAGGGAUUCACUGUCUGCCUCUGCAGGUUAUCUGGAGCAUUGCUGACAAACACACCUGAAUGUGAAGGAACUGUUGUGGAAAGGACUUAAGAGAUUAGUAGUUUUUCUCUUUUUCCUGUCAGCACAUUAUUGCCUCAUUUGACAAUCUAAGUGUCACCCUUUCAAAGCGACUGUGUGAUGGAAUGAGGAAUACUUUCCCUUCAAUAUACUAGUACAACUCGACACCAAGAUGCAUUGUAACGCAUAGUUAAUAUACAACUGUAAACAUUCUCUAAAGAUCUCUUUCUAUUUCUGGAGCCCACAAUGCUAAAUAUUGUUAUUUUAUGUUACACAUGACUGGCAGUGUUCCCGCCAGCUCUAAGAUUCCUGUGGAUAACCUCUACUUAAGAAAUCACACCUUGAUCCAGGGUCUCAGAAUAAUUAUCAAACAGUCUCUAUCCUUCCAUUUUUCUCAAAAGUAAAGAGUUUUGACUCAGCACAUAAUUAACAGUAACCUUUUCAAUCUGUAGGGCUUGUCACUCUGCUGCAUUUAUUCAAGCAGCAGUAACUCACGUGUGAACUGUUUGACAUUAAAGAAGUCACCAAGGCCAUCUUUCUUCACAGAUGCAACAGAGCUAAAAUUCAGUCUUUUCUGUCCAUGGUUGAUGCUAGAACCUUUAUUGACACCUUCAUUUAAUUAACAGUUGAUGAUUAAGACAUUUUGUUGUCAGGCCAACUGGGACUUAAAGUAUUCAAAAGGUUUAGAAUGCUGCAGCUAGAAUUUCACAUAGAGCUAGAAAAUUUGGCCAUAUUAUAAACCCGCGGUUCCUCAAAUGGCCACUUGAGGCAGGCUUCAAAAGCAAGUCAAUCCCCAUAGACCCCCAUAUUACAAUGCCCAACUUUACAGCAGAAAUAAACAUGUUCACAGCCAGGUUUGCUCUCUAUAGCUAAUAUCACCGUUCAUGACAGCUGUAUGGAGGAGGGAUUUUUAUGUAACUCACAUGUUUCAAUUACAUUAAGGCUUAAAGUUGCUUCUGAUGACUUACAGAAUUGUAAAUGAUCAAGCCUCAGGGUUUGUGUCCGUCCCCAGAGUUUAAGAGAAGUCAACAGGCUGCAGGGUCCUAUUGUGCCCCAUUCCUUUGGAAAAACCUCCCUGCUGAUAUUAGACAGGCUGUCUGCCUUCAGGCCUGUAAUUCCAAUCUUUAAACUCAUGUUUUCGCCCUAACUUUCAGUAAGCUGCUUAUUCUUUGAUGUUUGUUCUGCCAUUGAGAAAAAUGUAAACUUUCUGAAAACCACUGCAUCUUUCUAACCCUCUGUUUGUUUGUUGUCCCACAAGCACAGGUCCAUGCUUUGCCCAUGUCUCUCUCUCUUCUUUCUUCUCUCUCUCUAGUUUCUCCUCCUUGUCCUGUCUUUUCACUCAGGCUCCUCUGUGCUGGACCAUCAGCCGUGGGACUUCUCCCUCCCCUGGUUGUCGGUGCCUCCUUCCAGAUGUUUUGGAUCUGGAUCUUCAUCUUCCAGGAGAUUCAGCCCCCCCCCCCCCCCUUGUCUCCCCCUCUCCCUCCCUUCUGUACAUGUUGUCCUCUUCUCUCUCUCCCUGAUGAGAAUGAUGUGUUAUAGCUUUGCCUCAUCCUCUUUCCAGGUCUCCACGGUGAGGAGGUCGUGUGGCUAAGGUCUGUUUGGCAGCACCUGGAGGUUGCUGGAAGUUCUCCUGGUUACGUUUUCUUCAUACCUGUUUACAGUCAUCUAAUUUCAUCAUCCAGAUUAUCCAUGCUGUCAUUUUGCGAUGUUGAUCAAGCCUGAACACACGACAACUACUGCAUGCCUUUCUGUCCUGGAAGAGGGACCUCUUCUCUGUCGCUCUGCCAUAUUUCUUCCUUUUCGUCCUCGUUUAAGGUUUUUCCUCAUCUGAAUGGAGGGUCUAAGGACAGAUGAUGUCAUAUUCUGUACAGAUUGUAAAGCCCUUUAAGGCAAGUUUGUGAUUUGUGAUAUUGGGCUAUAGUGUAUAAAUAAAACUGA